UCACAAUUCACAGUUCCCACUGGCAGUAUCGUAACGCCAGCUGCUGGCGGCUGUCGCCAUUUUUGUUUGUUUGUUAUUUAUUUAUUUUAAUAAAAAUGUCUCAACAAGGACCGGCGUUCGAUGUGAAUGCUAUGACUCUAACCCGGUGGGUUUUAGCACAGCAGCGUACCGCACCAGAAGCCACAGGAGAUCUGACACAAUUAUUAAAUUCAAUACAGACUGCAGUAAAGGCCAUACAGUCAGCUGUGAGAAAAGCAGGGAUCGCCAAACUUCAUGGAAUCUCAGGAGAUACUAAUGUUCAAGGAGAAGAGGUGAAGAAGCUGGAUGUCCUCUCCAACGACCUCUUCAUCAACAUGCUGAAGUCAUCAUUCACCACCUGCCUCUUGGUGUCAGAGGAGAACCCCACAGUAAUGCACGUGGACACUGAGAGACGCGGCAAAUACGUGGUGUGCUUCGAUCCUCUGGACGGCUCGUCCAACAUCGACUGCCUGGUCUCUGUUGGUUCCAUCUUCUCCAUUUACAAAAAGUCGUCGGAUGGAGAACCGAGUGAGAAAGACGCUCUCCGUCCCGGCAGAGAGCUGGUGGCAGCGGGGUACGCCCUGUACGGGUCGGCCACCAUGAUGGUGUUGUCUCUCGGGCACGGCCGGGGCGUCAACGGGUUCAUGUACGACCCAUCCAUCGGCGAGUUCAUACUCACAGACCCCAACAUGAGAGUGCCGGAGAAAGGGAAAAUUUAUUCUAUUAAUGAGGGUUAUGCUUCGGAAUGGUCGCCCGGGUUAAAGAAGUACAUAGAGGAGAAGAAGAACCCGUCAAAGGGUAAGGCUUACGGCGCGAGGUACGUCGGGUCCAUGGUGGCCGAUGUACACAGAACUAUCAAAUAUGGCGGCAUCUUCAUGUAUCCCGCCACUAAGUCAGCGCCUAAAGGAAAGUUACGUCUCCUAUACGAGUGUAAUCCGAUGGCGUUCAUAGUGACCGAGGCUGGAGGGGCCGCCAGUAAUGGAAGCAAGCCCAUCCUGGACAUCGAACCGGCAUCUAUCCACGAGCGAGCUCCCUGCUACCUGGGCUCCAAGCAAGACGUGCAAGAACUGUUGAGCUUCUUGAAAUAAUUUUAUUUAUUAAAUUUUGAAUAAAGAUUUUUUUAAGUUUGAAAA